GACUGCUUGGGAUCAUGGCAGAUCAUCCAACCACAACAUGGGAGGCCAUGCAGGAUGGCAAAGUCUUCUAUAGGCGACAGGAGGUUUACUCCAUCGCAAGACAGCUGCCCAACCUGAGCGAUCAUAUUGUGGCCGGUUGUCGGUAUGGCGGCCCUCUUGCACUACUACGCGAUACAUCGAAAGUGAUACAGUUGAGCAACUCAGCCACGAUUUAUGCCAGGGGACAGAUCCAAGUGUAUUCUCCGGCAGGAGAGGGUCUGGCAAUCUUCAGUUGGGAUCAAGCCAAGAUUGUUCGCUUUGGGUGGGCUCAGGAUGAAAGACUUGUCGUGCUCAACGACGAAGGAGUUUACCGGAUAUACGACCUUCAAGGCGCAUUCACUCAGUUUUCCUUGGGAUCAGAGGCUGCAGACGCGGGUAUCGUCGACGCUCGGAUAUAUGAAGGUGGCAUGGUCGCUAUGACGGGGUCACUGACCUUUAUGGAGGUCAAGGGCUGGGAAGGGGCAAAGCCUUUGAGUCUCGCCAAUCCAGGUCUUUCUCAGCCGCCUCAUACCUGGUCUGUUAUACCUCCCGACCUCGCCAUAUCUCGAUAUGCCGAAGUUCUUCUCUCUGUGGACACCACCAUCAUCUCCGUAGACACUUUGUCCAGCACCGAUCAGCGCCUUGGACGCGGUCCGUUCUCGCAUAUCGCGCCAUCGCCGAAUGGGAAAUCCCUUGCCCUCCUUACAUCCUCAGGCACCCUUUGGGUAGUCUCCAGCGACCUCCAACGUAAUCUGGCAGAAUUCGAUGUGAACACCGUUAGCUCGGCGAACGAUGUUAGACAAGUAGAAUGGUGUGGUAACGAUGCGAUACUGGUUACGUGGGAUGUCAUGGCUGUCCUUGUGGGGCCGUUUGGCGACACACUACGUUACUACUACUCUGGACCAACAUUCGCCAUUACUGAACCGGAUGGUGUUCGCAUCAUAGGCCCUGACUCCUGCGACUUCGUGGAGAAGGUUCCUUCAUCUACCCUGUCUAUCUUCCGACCUGGGUCAACCUCGCCUGCUGCCAUACUGUACGAUGCUUGGGAGAGCUUCGCCCGUCGGUCACCCAAAGCGGACGACAGCAUCCGAAGUAUCAGACCGGAGCUUGCCGCCGCCGUUAAUGAUUGCAUUGAUGCCGCUGGUCGCGAAUGGGAGCCCCAAUGGCAACGGAAGCUGUUGAGUGCAGCCAAGUUUGGGCGAGGUUUCCUCGAUCUCUAUGAUCCGACCGACUUCGUGAACAUGGGUCAGACUCUGAAAGUCCUAAACGCCGUCAGGUUCCAUGAAAUCGGCAUCCCUAUCACUUACGCCGAAUAUACUCUUGCUUCUCCAUCUCAUUUGAUUUCACGCCUGACGGCUCGCAACCUUCACCUUCUCGCGUUGCGGAUAUCCAAUUACCUCUCACUGAAGCCCGACACGGUCUUGCGUCACUGGGCAUGCGCUAAGAUUGCCCGUGCCAAACCUUCAGCAGGAGACACUGAGGGUGGAACGACCGAUGAUGAGGUUUGUGCGUUGAUCGUCAAGAAAUUCCGUGAGCUUGGUGGUGGAUCCGCGAACUACGCCGAAAUCGCCAAACGAGCUUGGGAGGUAGGCCGUGCUGGCCUUGCGACGAAGCUCCUUGACUAUGAACCGAGAGCGUCGGAUCAAGUUCCGCUACUGCUCAGCAUGAAGGAAGAUCGACUCGCGCUGGCAAAAGCCGUUGACAGUGGCGACACCGACUUAGUUUAUCAUGUCUUGCUGCAUCUACACAAGCGAUUGCCGCUCGGGUCGUUCUUCCGACUAAUCGAGGAUGGCGGAGAACGACUCGCACCGGCCAACAAAUUGUUGCAGGUCUACGCGCGCCAACAGAAUCGGGAGAUGUUGCGGGAUUUCUACUAUUCCGAUGAUCGUCGUGUGGAGAGUGCCGUCCUCUCCCUUGAGGAGGCAGCUGCCGUAUCCGAUCCAUUUGCAAAGAUCUCGUGCAUCAAAGCUGCCCAGAAAUUCUUCUCGGAGGAUAAGGAUCGGUCCUUUGAGGCGAAGAUGAUGGAUGAAAAUGUGCGUUUGCUCGCUGCGCAGCAACAACUGGAGAAGGAGUCCGAUGGCAAAAUUGCUGCGUUCGGGACGAGCGUGAACGAAACCAUCAGAGCAUGCCUGCUCAACGGUUAUCCGAAGAAAGCUGACAAGCUCAAGUCCGACUUCAAGGUGCCUGACAAGCGAUUCUGGUAUGUCAAGCUGCAGGCGUUGACAGCCCUAAGCGACUGGGAUGGUUUGGAGACGUUUGCCAAGUCAAAGCGGAGUCCUAUCGGAUACGAACCGUUCGUCCGGCAUCUAUUGGAGAAAGGUCACCCAAGGGAAGCAGCUACUUACGUCGCGCGUUGCGAAUCCAACAAACGCGUAGAUUUAUAUAUCGAAUGCGGAGAUUGGCGUGCAGCUGGCAAGGAGUGCAAGGAGCGCAAUGAUAAACUGAAACUGGAACAACUGCGCAAGAGUGCUCCGAACUCCGUAAUAUCGCGAGAAUUGGAUGCGAUCGCCAAUUCCAUGAAGUAGUCCUGUUUUAUACUUCCGAAUUGCUCGUUUCCUUACCUCGGCGCCUUGAUCCUGGAUUGUCGGAUAUAUGUGCCGCACAGGAUCACAAUGAAUAGCAUGGGAAAGUGUUAUGGUAUAAUAUGAUACUAGGUAUAGUCUACUAUGAUAUGGUAGUUCCGAGGCACCACCAUGGCUGGAUGGUACAGACAUCCCUGCACAGCAGGAAAACAAGAGAAUCAGAGAAGUCAAAGCAGAGGCCACAUAACGUUAAACUGGCGCGAAUCGCCCAUGUUCAGCGAGCGAGAAGGGCGGGUUUAGUGAGUGAGAGAUCGAGAGGAGCUAGGAUAUGCAUAAAAGGAAGAGGCCAUGAUCAACGUCUGCAUCACGCCUCGUCGUUGACGACAGCAGAACGGUUCAUCGACCGUGAGCGCCUCCGCCACAUCCUGCGCGUCUUUUCGUCAUCCUCGUCUCCAUCUGAUUCGUGACCCAUGUCUUCGAUGCGGUACGGCAGCGGAACUUCUCUAGUGACUCGAUAUUGAUCCAUGUUGCCAAGGUGUUCGUUCUCCAGCCGAUAGAAGUUCCAUUGCCAUCGACGGAAAAUCUCCACGAUUGCCGCAAUGAAGGUCCGCAGCAUGAAGUUCGGGCCGUCGGACGAGAGGUAGAAAAGCCAUAUAAACCGACCUAGAAUAUUGGUAACUAUAGCAAGGUAAUAAACCGGUAUCCGAUGGGGCCACAAUAGCUCGGGCCUCAGGAAGCGAUACCGUGUAUGAGGUCGUAACAAUGACCAAUCCAUCAAGAGAUCCCAUGAACCAGCGUAAAGAGCGUUGACUGUCAUGAAUGAUAUAUAUACCCCAAAACUUCCAUCGUGCACGGUCCCGUGGUGCCUCCAAUUGUAGUAGCAUCCAAAUGCGACUAUACCGGCACCAUACUUGCCUGCGUUGAUAAGAUGGGUUAAGAGCCGAGAGUCGACCCAUCGUUUGAUACUCUGUAUCAGACGUGACAGAAGAGGAAGCGAUGCUAACAUCAUUGGGACAACCCAAGAUGCAGUCGUUUUGUACGCCAUACAAGUUCUCCAUUCUGGGCCCCAUCCGCGAUGAUACCAACAGCCGAUGAAAUAUAGAUUGGCCAAGCUAAAGGACAGACUGCAAAACUGG